AUGUCGGCCCCCUGGUUCCUUCACUGGGGCCUUAGCCGAACUGGACCCUGGCUGCUCCCGCCGCCUUCCAAAGGGCCGGACACCGCCUGGAGGGUCCUGGAUGACGCACAGCAAGCCAGCAAUGACAAUCCUAUAGAUCACUUGACAAUAUCGUAUUGUCGGAGUUGUGGUCCUGGGGGACAGAAUGUUAAUAAAGUGAAUUCCGAGGCUGAAGUCAGGUUCCAUUUGGCAAUUGCCGACAGGAUCACAGAACCCGUGCGCCAGAAGAUGGUCAUCAUACAUAAAAAUAAGAUCAACAGGUCAGGAGAGUUGAUUCUCACCCCUGAAAGUAGCCACUAUCAGUUCCGGAAUCUGGCAGAUUGCCUACAGAAAAUUCGAGACAUGAUCACCGAGGCCAGCCAGAUACCCAAGGAGCCAUCCAGGGAAGAUGCUGUACUCCGGAGAAUCAGGGUAGAAAACAUGAACUGGGAAAGGCUGAGAAAAAAGAGAAUCAAUUCUGUCAUAAAGAGAAGCAGGCGGGUAGAUAUGGACUGA